UCUUAGAAUCUUAUGUUUUCAACAGACAACUUGGUGUUUUUGUCAACAUAAAGUCUCUGUGUACUGUGAUUCAAACCCAUAGUCUUUUAGGAUUCGUAUAAUAUAAUAACUAAAAUCACUAAAGUAGGAGUUAAUAAUAUUAAAUAAAUCUUUAAACAAAACUAUAGAAACGCAGCAACGUAAGAUAAAUUGGCAACAAAGAGAUAAAAGUAAAGACAACAUGUCAGAUGAAGAAGAUAAACCCCCUGCACCUCCUGUGCGACUUACAUCAAAUAGAGGUGAAUCAACACCUAACUUACCAGUGGAUAUGCGUCCACUACCUAAAGAACCUGAUUCUGAUGAACGCAAGAAAAAAACAUUGAAAAGCAAAAUGAAGGUAAAAGAGAAUAAGGAUAAACCCAACAUCAGUUACCCCACCAAUUUUGAACAUACUGUACAUGUUGGAUUUGAUGCUGUUACUGGUGAAUUUACGGGGAUGCCAGAAGCAUGGGCAAGGUUGCUUAUGUCUAGUAAUAUCAGUAAACAAGAACAGAAGAAAAAUCCACAAGCUGUAUUAGAUGUUUUGAAUUGGUAUGACAGUAGCAGUAAAGAAACAAAAGGUUCCAAAUACAUGACAACUACAAAAAUGGUUGGAGUAGUUGCUCCUAUUGAAAGAGCAAGUAGUCCUAGAAGCAUGGGUAUAGGUGUUGGAACAGGAGUAGGAAACAUUCGUGGUCAAGCAAUGUCACAAGCUUCUGGAAGUUCUCAUUCUCAACAUUCACUCAGCAGAGUAAGUAGCAGUAGUCCAAGCAGUACACCAACAGAUGCUUGUGCGACUAGUUCUGAACAAGAAGAUGAACCGCCACCACCACCGAUUUCUGCUAGGCCCGAACGUACGAAAUCAAUUUAUACAAAGCCAAUAGAAGAAGAACCGCCACCACCACUGACUACUACAUUAGGAUCACCUCAACGAAAUGGUACACCACAACAGCCACAUCAAUCACAACUGGAUAGAAACAAAAAUCAAGCGACCCCAACAUCAACGACAACUGAUCAAACACGACCAGCACAGAGUGAUAAAGCUAGAAAGAAAAAAAUGUCAGAUGAUGAAAUAUUAGAAAAAUUAAGAACAAUUGUAAGUAUAGGUGAUCCAAAUAGAAAAUAUACGAAGAUGGAAAAAAUAGGACAAGGUGCUUCGGGAACAGUGUACACAGCAAUUGAAACAUCAACAGGUAUGGAAGUUGCAAUAAAACAAAUGAAUCUUUCACAACAACCAAAGAAAGAGUUAAUAAUAAAUGAAAUAUUAGUUAUGCGGGAGAAUAAACAUCCAAAUGUUGUGAAUUAUUUGGAUAGUUAUCUGGUAGGAGAAGAAUUAUGGGUAGUUAUGGAAUAUUUGCCUGGUGGUAGUCUGACAGAUGUUGUAACUGAGACUUGUAUGGAUGAGGGUCAAAUAGCCGCAGUAUGUAGAGAAGUCCUACAAGCUUUGGAGUUCCUUCAUUGUAAUCAAGUUAUACACAGGGAUAUUAAGUCUGAUAACAUCCUACUUGGGCUAGACGGUGGAGUGAAACUAACUGAUUUUGGGUUUUGUGCACAAAUUUCACCAGAGCAAAGCAAACGAACUACAAUGGUUGGUACACCAUAUUGGAUGGCACCAGAAGUAGUUACUAGAAAACAAUAUGGUCCGAAGGUUGAUAUCUGGUCGUUGGGUAUAAUGGCUAUUGAAAUGAUAGAAGGAGAACCACCAUAUUUAAAUGAAAAUCCAUUAAGAGCAUUAUAUUUGAUUGCAACAAAUGGAAAACCUGAAAUUAAAGAAAAAGAUAAAUUGUCAGGAAUCUUUCAAGAUUUUUUGGAUCAAUGUUUAGAAGUCGAAGUGGAAAAACGAUCAGCGGCUUCAGAAUUACUCAAGCAUCCCUUUCUGAAAUUAGCAAGGCCACUUGCUUCCUUAACACCUUUAAUUAUGGCAGCAAAGGAAGCUACUAAAGGUAAUUAGAAGAGUGGUAUUCGUGAUCAUACAAUAUGAUCAUAAAAAUAUA